ACUCAAAAAUUCUAUUACAGAUACAUAUUUAGAUAUGACAAUAAAUUUUCUGUCUGUCUUUUUACAAAACUGAUAAAAGGACUAUGAUAUAUGAGCAUCUAUUCAUAAGGUGUUUUGUUCGAGAAACUUUCAUUUUUCUAUAUACAAAAACAAGUUUUUGGGCUCUGAACGGGCCAGUCGUUAGCGAGCUGCAAGAGCAGCAGGUACUUAGAGCUUAAGCAAUGCGGGCAACACGAAUUAUGCCAUUACUGACGCUGCCGCUGCCGCUGCCGCUCCCGCUGCUGCUGCUGGUCGUACACAGCAGAGCUGAGACACAGAGCGCUGCGCACCUACAGCAAAUACCACAAUUAAGCCACGAACAGGUGGCCCUAAUCGCAGCCAAUGCAACAGCGCGCUGUCAGCUAGUGCCGCAGCUUUGCGAUUGGCAGCUGCACCUGUACGAGGGGCAUGCCUUCCAGGUGAGCUUACCUGAGACUGGACCUGAGCAAGACGAGCAGCUGCCCAGCGAACCAAACGCACAACAACUGCUCUUCACAGUGCCCAGUGCUGAGCAUGAGCAAAUGCUGUUAAUCUAUGCGCAGGUGGAGCGGAAAGCGAAGCCCAGCUUAAAAACCAGAAACAAAUCAAAGUCAAAGUCAGGGAAAAGAAAGCGCCGUCUUAUGUCAACAAACUGAAAGACAGGUCCGAAAAAAACC